AUGUCCAAUCCACCAGAAAUGGCCCUAAAAAGCGCCACAGCCCCAAUCUACUUCGGCUCAUUCCUCGUAACACCACAAGUAUGCCCUCUCUCCCCCUCAACCCUUCCCCCACUAACAAAUCAACCCAAAAAACAGGUCUUCUACAAAACCCCCCUCUCCUUCGCCCUCGUAAACCUCAAACCAAUCCUGCCCGGCCACGUCCUAAUUUCCCCCCUCCGCGUCGUCCCCCGCCUAUGUGACCUAACCCCCUCCGAAACAAGCGACCUCUUCCUAACAGUCCGCCGCGUAGGAAGAAUGGUUGAACGAGUCUACGGCGCCGCAAGUCUAAACAUAGCUAUUCAAGACGGUGUACAUGCCGGACAGAGCGUGCCGCAUGUUCAUGCUCACAUAUUACCGAGGAAGGCGAGGGAUCUAGAUCAUCGCGGUGGAACUGAUGCGGUGUAUGAUAUGCUUGAUGGGGAGGAAGGGGAUAUUGGACGUGCGCUUUUGAGGGAUAGUGGGGGUGCGACGGAGGAGGCUAGGAAGAAGCGGAGUGAGGGGUUUCCGGUGCCGGAUGAUGAGGAGAGGAAGCCUAGGGGGGAGGGGGAGAUGGUUGCUGAGGCGGAGAUGUUGAAGGGGGAGAUGGAGGGGGAACCUGUUGAGUAG